AUCGGGUGAAACAGCACAGGAUGUGGCAGUUUUCCUUCCUUUGCUUGCUCUCUGCCAUGUCCGUCACUUGGGCUGAACCAGAUUUCCCUGCAGUCUCAGACGAAAUGGUCAACUAUAUCAACGAGGCUAACACCACAUGGAAGGCUGGUCUCAACUUCCCUAACGUUGACUACAGCUAUGUGAAGAAGCUGUGUGGAACUUUUAUGGAUGGACCAAUGCUCCCUGUCUUGGACGAGUAUGCUAGUGACAUUGAACUACCUGAAAGCUUUGACCCCCGGGACCAGUGGCCCAACUGCCCCACCUUGAAGGAGAUCCGAGACCAGGGGUCCUGUGGCUCAUGUUGGGCCUUUGGUGCAGUCGAGGCGAUCUCCGACCGAAUCUGCAUCCACAGCAAUGGCAGCGUGAGCUUGGAGAUCUCUGCCGAGGACCUGCUGUCUUGCUGCCACACCUGCGGCUUUGGGUGCCACGGCGGAUACCCAAGAGCCGCCUGGAACUACUGGAUGAAGAAGGGCCUGGUGACUGGUGGACUGUAUAACUCUCAUGUGGGCUGCCGACCCUACACCAUUCCUCCAUGCGAACACUAUAGUGACGGCACACGCCCCCCUUGCGCCGGAGAGAUGGGGCGCACACCCAAGUGCCGACUCCAGUGCGAGGCAGGAUACAAACCCUCCUACCAUGAAGAUAAACACUUUGGAAUGACGACCUAUCAUGUACGAUCCUCGGAGGAGCAGAUUAUGACUGAACUCUACAAGAAUGGCCCGGUGGAAGCUGCUUUCUACGUCCACAGCGACUUCAUCAGCUACAAGAGUGGUGUGUACCAACAUGUAAGAGGUAUGGUACUGGGCGGCCAUGCUGUUAAGAUCCUAGGCUGGGGAACAGAGAAUGGUACACCAUAUUGGCUGGCUGCCAACUCAUGGAACACAGACUGGGGUGAUAAUGGAUUCUUCAAGAUUUUGCGAGGAAAGAACCACUGUGGGAUUGAGUCUCAAAUUGUUGCUGGGAUUCCCAAAAACUAGUGUGCUCAUAAUGCUGCUAGAAAAAUUAAGCUAAAAAAGGAGACUUUCUGUAAAAUGUUCUGUGAGGCCUGCCUGUGUACAUUUGUACAUUUGACCUACCUGGUGCCUGACUGCUUCAGUGUAGUCAUGGAAUAAUUCACUUUUAUUCUGAAAAAUAAAGUCUAUUAUAUAUCUUCUUUCUGUAUUGCACUUGUGACGUGACACAUUUUGCCAAGCCUAUAAUGACAGGUAACUGCAGAGAUGUCAUUUCAGAGCCAGGGUCUUUACCUGGAUGCUGUUAUGAUCCUGUGCUGUUCAUAAAACCAAUUUAAAAAAAUAUUUUACUGGCCAUCAAGAAGC